CUACAUAGGGCUCGUGCCUACGCUCCCCUUCCACAUUCCGGAGUACCCCCCAAAGACUUGCAAUCAAGCACCGGUUCCUAGGGUGAAGACGUUCAGUCGUCCUUCGCCUUUUGAAUUGGUAUCCUACAGUGUCCACAAGUGACAGAUCAUUUCUCCGUCUUGUCCCAGCCUAGAUGCCAGACUCGCCGUCACGGUAAGGGUUGCACCGUGCCCUCUGCCCGAAGGCUCUUUAUCUGGCUCCGGCCACGAAGUGUUUCAACCAAUUGUCCGGACACCUUGCCCCUUUUCCAGCAUUCAGGCUUAUCGUCUUUGUGCUGGCCCUUAAUAUUCCCAACUAAUUCCGCUCAUUAAUUCGAACUAAUUUGACGACUGUCAUUCUCUUAAAUUCGUCGUUUCCUGAUAGGCUCGACUCUGAUCAGGUCCACUCAUUUAAUAAUAUUACCAUUUGACACCAUGGCCUAUCAUAAACGUCCGUCGUCCAGCUAUCAGCCUUGCGACACUUUCUUUGUGGAAUCGUACGAGGACUUUCCUGCGCCCCAUAUGAACCCUAAAGAGCACGCGAAAUUGAUUGCUCGCGAGCGGCAGUAUGCCAUUGCGGAUGAGCUGUCUAAAGUUGCCAGCGAUGAACUCCGUGAUGAUAUUCUGUCACACAUGCUGGACAUGGAUGCUUCUACCCUCCCAGAUGUUGAAUCAAUCGAUAUUCAGACGGAGAUUCAGUGGUUUAUGCGCCCUUACUUGCUCGACUUCUUAAUCGAAGCCCACACGGCCUUCCAGCUGUUACCAUCGACUUUGUUCUUGACAAUUAAUCUCCUCGAUAGAUACUGUUCAAAGCGCGUGGUCUACAAGAGACAUUAUCAACUAGUUGGAUGUGCGGCCUUGCUUAUCGCGGCAAAGUACGGCGACAAGAAGGAUCGAGUACCCACUAUCAAGGAGCUGAAAUCAAUGUGUUGCUCUCUGUAUGACGACGAUAUGUUUACACAGAUGGAGUGGCAUGUCCUGCAGACUUUGGGUUGGACGAUUGGACACCCAACUGUCGACAGCUUUCUGCAGAUGGCUGUCAUGGACACACAGUACGACCCCGAGCUGGAACACAUGGCAUUAUACAUCUCCGAAAUCUCUUUGUUUCACAGAGAGUUUGUGUCCAAACCAUCAUCUGAUCUUGCAAGAGCUUCAUUAGCUCUUGCGCGGUGCAUUCUCAAUAGAACACAGCCUCGUCACACCGAGUGGGCUUCACAAUAUGACUCGAUGACUUUGGUGGGCUUGUCUCAGCAGCUCCAUCAGCCUUCCCAGAUUCUGUUCCGGAAGUACUCCUCGGUUCACUUUUCUAGGGUCUCCAAGAUCCUGGAACAAUUUCUGGCCCGUCAGGCUUCAAUUGCCAGCUACACUCCUCCAAGCCCACCUUCAGACGUCAACUCCGAGUCCAAGCCGUAUGAGGGCGAAAUUGGACUUGCUACUCCACAGAAGGCACCCCAUCCUUCCAAUAUGCCUCAUGGCUAUAUUACGCCUCCGAUUACCCCUGAAAAUGAUGCCUUUGUCAAUGGUGGUAACUCUACCUUCGUGAAAGGGGUCCCAGGGACGAGCGCGUGCUCGCCCUCCCCAACGCCACCGCCGAGUAUGUCAUAUGUGGGCUCCCAUGUGUAUCAACAUGACUCCACAUUCACCCAGGGGCAGCAAUACCUUCAACCACAGAUGUCAUUCAGCACUGGCUACUGAAUCCAACAAAUGUGUUAAGGGUGCCUUCCGUCAAUAGUGUAUCAAUACAUUAGUCGACACCAGUAUCGUGCCACCAGCCUCUUGUGCCAUUAGGUACUCGAUGCUGGUUCAUGUCUAUCAUUGAUCUUUUUAUUCAAUGCUCGACCGAUUACCGACGUGGUCGUGUUUUGUUCCUUCGCAUUUC